CAUAUGCAGGUUGUUGCUUUUUUUUUGCUGUCACGAAUGCCCCUCAGUUACAUGAAUGAUCCUGGAAUAGCACCGGCCUGAGGCCAAGACUGAGAUGUUUUGAAAUGAACAAAUGUGUAGCUAGGAAAAGGGAAAUAAGCUUAUUGUGAGCAGAGCUGGGAGGAUUAGUUAAUUGAAAACUACCAGUCCUUCCAGAGGCUUGAUUUUUUUUUUUUUUAAUGCCUCAGAAGGGUUGAGCAGCCAGGCUUGCUAUAAAUGCUGUUGCUAAGUUUUACCAUUUGAAUUUUCGUAAAUUGUAGUUCAAGCCUUACUACAAAAAGGAGUCUCAGGAGAAAUCUUAUAAGUACCCCAGUGGAUAUUGGAUUUUGAUAUUUGGGGUCUAUGGAGUGGAGAAAUUUGUUUGGACUCGACCAUCCUGAGUCAUGCUUACAGAAGUUCUGAAGUAAGCACUCAAGGGUGAGGCUUGGAGAGCUGUGUUACCGGUUCUCCCUUGGGGGUGGUGGUCCUGGGAAAGGAGGACCUGUGAGAUUGGGAGCACAUGGAGGGGAGGAUUCCUUCAUUCUUGUUCGGUUUUUCAGUCAAAAUUUUGUGUAUGUUAUUGCUACAGGUAUUUUCACAUUCGUCUAGUACUUGUUUUAUAGUCAUCAUUUUGCUCUUUUCUCCAUUUCCCCCAAAGAGGAGUGGUUUACUUGAGUCUCCUAACUAGGAAGGAUGCAGAAUUGGGAUACUGUUUUUAUUUUUUCUACCCCAGUCCUAGUCUCUCUCCUUUGCACUCUGAAGCCUGCAUGUGACUUUAGAACCCUAUUCUACAUCUGUCACCCCAUGGGCUGGGUUCUGUUCUUAUGUUGUGUUUCAGUGGUGUGCUUACUUUGAGCAUGGAAACUGAAGGGAAGAGGAAUUUUAAGAUUUUGUGAUGGUUGUCUUUUUGACAUUGAAGGUCAUUUUUCAAUCUAUAACUUUUCUUCUAGACAAUAUGGAUGAGAGAGGGGAAUGAAAAGAAUUAUUUAUUUUUAAAAAGAGGACCCAUUUCUGCAGCAGUGUAGUUAAGGAUACUCUAGCAUUAUAAUUACAUUAUCCUUGUCUGCCUGGCUAUUUGUGCUGGCCUGUAUGUGAAUAUUAACCCCAACUACUCCUUUAGAUGUGGCUGAACUAGUUUCUAUAAAAAGUGUUUCACUUUCAAACUCCCACGGUUCAAGAACAGAGAAACUCAGUACAAAGGCAAUUUUGAAGUUUUCCUGGAAUCUGGGCCCCUGGAGACCAGCGCUGGAACAGAUGGAUAAUGGAGACUGGGGCUAUAUGAUGACUGACCCAGUCACAUUAAAUGUAGGUGGACACUUGUAUACAACGUCCCUCACUACACUGACGCGUUAUCCAGAUUCCAUGCUUGGAGCUAUGUUUGGGGGAGACUUCCCCACAGCUCGAGACCCUCAAGGCAACUACUUCAUUGAUCGUGAUGGGCCUCUCUUCCGAUAUGUCCUCAACUUCUUAAGAACUUCAGAGCUGACCCUACCCCUGGAUUUUAAGGAAUUUGACCUGCUUCGAAAAGAAGCAGAUUUUUACCAGAUUGAGCCCUUGAUUCAGUGUCUUAAUGACCCUAAGCCUUUGUAUCCUAUGGAUACUUUUGAAGAGGUUGUGGAGCUCUCUAGUACUCGGAAGCUUUCUAAAUACUCCAAUCCAGUGGCUGUCAUCAUUACCCAGUUAACCAUUACCACUAAGGUCCAUUCCUUACUAGAAGGCAUCUCCAAUUAUUUUACCAAGUGGAAUAAGCACAUGAUGGACACCAGAGACUGCCAGGUUUCCUUUACGUUUGGACCUUGUGAUUAUCACCAGGAAGUGUCUCUCCGGGUGCACCUGAUGGAAUAUAUUACAAAACAAGGGUUCACAAUCCGCAACACUCGGGUGCAUCACAUGAGCGAGCGGGCCAAUGAGAACACAGUGGAGCACAACUGGACAUUCUGCAGACUGGCCCGGAAGACGGAAGACUGAUCUUCAGGCCAAAGAAGUUCCUGGAAACAGGCUCUCCAAGAAGUGGAAGUGACUGCUUUUCUGCUUUCCUUUUCCCUUCCUUUCCCUUCCCUCCUCUCCCCUCCUCUCCCCUCCCCUCCCCUCCCCUUCCUCCCUCCCUCCCUCACUUCCAUCCUAUCCUUUCUUCCUCUCUUUCUUUCUAAAUUUGUAUUUAUUUGAAGGCAUUGAGGACCAGAAGGAAGUUUUGUGCAUUGGCAGUCUCCUCCAGGUUUUGUUCCCUUCACUCUGAGUAUGCAUGUGCCUGUUUAGAGUCUUCAGAUACCUUUUUUAUAAAAAGAAGUCUGAAAAUCAUUAUGGUAUAUAAUCUACCCUUAACAGAGCCUUUUAUUAUUAUUAUUGUUAUUAUUAUUAUUACAGUGCUAAAAUGAUUUCUGAUAAAAUGGUCCCUAACUCAACUAGAAGGCUAAAAAUAAUGAAAGAAUGAGUGAAAUUCUUGUGAUGCCUUUGAGGAAAAGAAAAAUCAAAAUAUCAUGUAGGGUGACCUAGUUUCCAAGCCAAUAAGCAGUAUUGUAAUAUUAAAGGAAAACUUCCAGUCAUUUAAAGGUACUUGUUAAGUACUGCUUUUUACAGUUAUGACAACUGUUUCUUUCUAUGCAUAUAAAUCAAGCAACCAAAUAUCUGUAGCCAUGGAAAUGUCUGACUAGAAAUAUUUAUAUUGGAUUCUGAAUACAAAAUGACCCUGUGGUAGAAAUCUUAUGCCUGGUACAGUAUAAUUCCCAAGUGUACUGCCUACCAGGGGGAAAAAACCCUAAUAAAAAAAUGAACUAUGAAA